AGGAGGGGCGGCCGCUGCGUGACACCCGGCCGCUUCAGCGCUGAGCGGCGCAGCGCGGCACAUCGGCACAGCAUGAGCGCAGAGCCAGGUGGAGAAGAUGUAUGUAGGCUAUCUUUUGGAUAAGGACACCAACAUGUAUCCCAGUCCCGUCCGGCAUCCCAGCCUCAACCUCAACCCCCAGAACUACGUGCCAGGACCGCCCCAGUACUCGGACUUCGCCAGCUACCACCAUGUGCCGGGGAUUAACAACGACCCGCACCACGGGCAGCCGGCGGCCGCCUGGGGCUCGCCCUACACCCCUGCCAAGGAGGACUGGCACUCGUACGGCACCGCUGCCGCCUCUGCCACCACCAACCCGGGGCAGUUCGGAUUUAGCCCCCCGGAUUUUAACCCCAUGCAGCCCCAUGCAGGCUCUGGACUCCUGCCUCCAGCCAUCAGCAGCUCAGUCCCACAGCUGUCCCCUAACGCACAGAGGCGCACCCCGUACGAGUGGAUGAGGCGCAGUAUUCCCAGCACCAGCAGCAGCGGCAAGACGAGGACAAAGGACAAGUACCGGGUGGUGUACACGGACCACCAGCGCCUGGAGCUGGAGAAGGAAUUUCACUACAGCCGCUACAUCACCAUCCGCCGUAAGGCCGAGCUGGCCGCUGCCCUGGGGCUCACUGAAAGGCAGGUGAAAAUCUGGUUUCAGAACCGAAGGGCGAAGGAGAGGAAGGUGAAUAAAAAGAAGCUGCAGCAGCAGAGCCAGCCCACCAGCACCACCACGCCAACCCCCCCAGCUGUGGGCACACCGGGGCCCAUGGGGACCCUCUGUGGUGGCAGUGCCCCAAGCCUUGUCUCCUCGUCUCCGCUCACCAUCAAGGAGGAGUUCAUGCCUUAGCCCCCUCCGCCAGCCAUAGACACUGAGAGAUAAGCACUACG